GAUGCUGUCUUCUCUCUGCAUGAUGACGUGUCCCCGAACUUGCACCCGCAUCCUGGGGUUGAGCCUGGGAACUGCAGCCCUGUUUGCCGCUGGGGCCAACAUGGCGCUUCUCUUUCCUGAUUGGGAUGUGACCUACCUGUGGAGGGGCCUUAUUGGCAGGCAUGCCAUGCUGGGCACUGGAUUCUGGGGAGGAGGCAUCAUGGUACUCACCGCAGCUGCCCUCAUCUCCCUGAUGGGCUGGAGAUACAGCUGCUUCAGUGAGAGUGGACCGUGUCGAAGCAUGCUUACUGCUCUGUUGUCAAGUGGCCUGGCUUUGCUUGGAGCCUUGAUUUGCUUUGUCACAUCUGGAGUAGCCCUGAAAGAUGGUCCUUUUUGCAAGUUCGAUGUUUCAUCCUUCAAUCAGACUCAAGCUUGGAAAUAUGGUUAUCCAUUCAAAGAUCUGCGUAACAGGAAUUAUUUGUAUGACCAUUCGCUCUGGACCUCCGUCUGCCUGGAGCCCUCUAAAGCUGUGGUUUGGCACGUGUCCUUCUUCUCUGCCCUUCUGUGCGUCAGCCUCUUGCAGCUCCUCCUGGUGGCCAUUCACUUCAUCAACAGCUUCCUGAGCCUCUUCUGCAGCCUCUGUGAGAAGUGAUAGGUAACGCCCUUUCUGUGGGUGUUUUCAUCAUAAGCUGCCUUGAAUUCUUUCUGCAAGUAGUGGAUAUGAAUUAUAACAAACUUCCCUUCUAGGUAUCCUGGUAGUAAUAAUAACAACAAUUACUAGCAUGCAGGGUGAGUGAUAUAAUGCAUUUUAAAUCACUCCGUAAACGAACAAUGAGGGACCAGCAGUUGGUGUAAUGGCUAUGUCGCUGGAC